CAAGUGUUUUUAGGUUAAGAAUUAUUUCAAAUAGUGUUGGACAGAAGCAGAGUGUCAGGAGAUUUCUAAUAUUAUGGAGAAUGCUGGGUUAUUUGAGUCAUUCUAGUGAUUCAGUGAAGUGGUUUCAGUUUGUUUGCAGACAAGCUCCUCCUCCCCCUGUGCCAGCAGCCAAUCAGAAGAGAGCAGCCUCUAUAAAGGAGUGUUUUCAAACCAGCAGCUGGAUAAACCACUGCUGAUCUGAUCUCUCACACAGGUAGAGGCGAGAUGUCUGGAAUUCUCGUGUGGAGUUUGAUUCUGGCUUUAACAGCUCUCACGGUGUGUAAAGCUCAGCGCAGACCCUUUCCCAGUGAAUCCCAUGAUAAACCAGGUGUCUUGUGUCUGAAUGGAGGAUCGUCUCUAUCUUCUCUGUCUGGUCGGCAUCUUCUCUGUCUCUGUGCUGAAGGCUUCAGUGGCUCCAGAUGUGAAACAGACACAUCGGUCUCCUGCUUCGAUGGGAUUGGUCAGCUCUACGUGGGACCCGUGUCUAAAUCAGCCAGUGGGAGGGAAUGUCUGGAAUGGGAUUCAGAGAAAGCGCUUGAAAUCGGAGUUUAUCUCAAGAGUCUGAUCGUGGGUGGACACAAACACUGCAGAAACCCAGACUUCAGCCGAAGACCGUGGUGUUUCGUAAAGACGCCAUCCGGGAUCAUGAAAGAGGACUGUGAUAUUCCACGCUGCUCUAAAGAUCACGGAUCUGAUCAGGACAGUCUGGCAGUUUCACAGUCAGGCUGGAGGUGUGGUCAGGCAGAGGGGCGGAGCAUGAAGGUAGUGGGCGGUGCUUUGAGCAUGUUGGAGAGACACCCGUGGAUGGCGGCGAUUUACAGCAGAAAAUCUCGUGGGAGAUUUUUCACCUGCGGCGGGAGUCUGAUCUCACCCUGCUGGAUACUGACAGCAGCUCACUGCUUCCCUGAUGGGGCUCAGACUCUUGUCCAUAAACUCUCAGUGGUUCUGGGAAAGAAGGCCAUAAACGAGACGGAUGUUCAGAGCGAGCAGGAGUUCAGGGUCUCUGAGCUCUUCAUCCAUGAACACUUCGACAACACUGACGGAAACUUCAACAACGACAUCGCUCUGUUGAAGAUUCGUGGUCCUGAUGGCCGCUGUGCUAAAGAGUCGAGUUCAGUGAAGACGGUCUGCAUUCCUGGACCCAACGUGUCGCUCAGUGAUGGGACGUCCUGUACGGUGACGGGAUACGGCAGAGAACAUGAAGGGUCGUGGUUUUACUCUCAGUAUCUCAAAGAAGCACAGGUCAAGAUUUUGUCUCAGGAUUUGUGUUCGAGUAAAGAGUAUUAUGGCAACAUGAUCACCGAGAACAUGCUGUGUGCCGGCAGCCCAGACUGGAGCUCAGAUGCCUGUAAGGGUGACUCUGGCGGGCCGCUGGUCUGUCGUGUCCAGGACCGAGUGUUUCUCUUCGGUGUGGUCAGCUGGGGUGAAGGAUGCUCCAGAGCGUUUCGGCCUGGUGUUUAUGCCAAAGUCAGCAACUACUACCACUGGAUCCUGGAGAAGAGCGGCCUGACCUCACUCUCAUGAUCACACCCACACACACAGUUAACGUCUGAAUUAUUAGCCCCUCUGUAUGUUUUUACCCAAUUUCUGUUUAACAGAGAGAAGGUUUUUUCAACACAUUUCUAAACAUAAUAGUUCUAACAACUGAUUUAUUUCAUCUUUGCCAUGAUGACAGCACAUAAUAGACUAGAUAUUCUUAAAAGUACUAGUAUUCAGCUGAAAGUGACAUUUAAAGGCUUCACUAGGUUAAUUAGGGUAAAGUUAGGGUAAUUAGGCAAGUCUUUGUAAAGCAGUGAUUUGUUCUGGAGACAAUCCAAAACUAAUAUUGCUUAAGGGGGCUAAUAAUAUUGACCUUAAAAUGGGUUUAAAAGAAUUAAUAACUGCUUUUAUUCUAGCCGAAAUAAAUAAAACUUUCCAGAAGAAAAAAUAUUAUAGGAAAUACUGUGAAAAAUUUCUGAAUCUGUUCAACAUCAUUUGAGAAAUAAUAGAAAAAAGGAGGGGCAUAAUUCUGACUUUAGCUGUAUAUGCUCUGCCAUCUCAUUGUAGUUCAUUUACUGUAGAUCAGUUACCUAUAAUCUGCUAGUCAGUACUGUAUUGCAUGUGUUGAAAGCAGCAAAUAGUUUUAGUAAGUAUUAUUUAGAAAGUGUUAGUUUCCAUUGUUUUUAAACUGUACAGCGUAACUUUGUAGACGUUUCUCUUUUGUCUAUUUUAAUUUUCUUUUGUUGUGUAACUACAUACAAUGACACUGGCCAAGUCAGAAACAGGCCAAUAAACAUUUUUAAAUACCUUUUCAAUA